AUGGCGGAUGAGGUGUUGUUGUUGGACUUCUGGCCAAGCCCAUUUGGGAUGAGGCUGAGAGUUGCACUGGCUGAGAAGGGCAUUCAGUACGAGUACAAAGAGGAGGACUUGAGUAACAAGAGUGCACUGUUGCUCCAGUCGAACCCGGUUCACAUGAAGAUCCCGGUUCUCAUUCACAAUGGCAAACCGGUGUCCGAGUCCCUAGUUGCCCUUGAGUACAUUGAUGAGGUUUGGAAGGAUAAGGCUCCUCUGUUGCCCUCUGAUCCUUACCCUAGAGCCCAAGCCAGGUUCUGGGCUGAUUUCGUUGACAAGAAGAUGUAUGAUAUUGGGAGGAGGGUGGUAUGGACAACCAAAGGAGAAGAACAGGAAGCAGCAAAGAAAGAGUUCCUUGAGUGCAUUGGAUUGUUGGAAGGGGACCUUGGAGACAAGCCUUACUUUGGGGGUGAGACCCUCGGGUUCGUCGAUGUGGCGCUUAUUCCUAUAGAGGCAGAGCAGCCAAAGUAUUAUGCAUGGGCAAAGAGGUGCAUGCAGAAGGAGAGUGUGUCCAAGUCUCUUUCUGACCAGAAAGCGAUCUAUGACUUGCUUCUGCAGCGCAUGAAAGCGAGGGGGAUUGAUCAGUAG